GAGACACAGUCACCGGUCACUAAACUAUUUGGGAGACUUCGGGGCUCUGAUUCCAGUUCCGAAACGGUGAAUCUUGUGAAAGUAAAGAAGAAGAAAUCACCACAACCACAAAAAAUGUGUCCAGAAUGCGUCACCUGUGACAUGGCUAUGCAGACGAGUAACAGUAAGCACAACACGAAGCCAGGAAAAAACGCUGAUGACACAUUUUCAUUUACCUCUUGUUCACUCAAGAAGCUUCUCGCCUCCGAAUCCCCUAAACUGAUGAUGGCUCUCAUCAUCAUUGUUGGGACCCUCACUCUCAUCCUGGUGUUGAAGUGUAUCUGCUGUCCAGCCAUCAUAUCUGAUCUGACGGAGACGAGAGAAAAACGGAACGACGCCGUCAAUGAAAUUGUGAGAAAACCUUGGGAGGCGUCAAAAUCGAAGCUGAUGAGUGAGUUCUCCGAGCUUAUAGGAAAAGAUAACAGAGACAGCAAUUUACAUAGCGGGGGUGACUACCCAGAAUACCUGUCACCAGACCUGUCAAGCAUACUGGACCCCAUAAAGGUCAACGAGGGUUACAGCAGCAAUAACUUGAGAGAUUUCUACAGGAAACUAUUAAAAACCGACAUACAAAUCAAGAACCUCAAAAAAGGCUUCGCUAAUACCAAUAAGCGAGUUAACCUAGAAGUGCCGGAUCCCAACGCUAGAUUGAAGAGAUCUCUCAGAAUAUUCGGGGCUCCUAGGAGACAUGAGACAAAUAAAGGGAAUUUUAAUAAUAGACAGACUGAUGGUAUGAAAAUAGCGAGAGAUGCUGGAAAGAAUAAGGAAGCUGCAGUUAGGUCUAAUGAUUUGGAGAAAGGAAAAGAAGGAAAACUUCAACACCAACGUGAUGCUAAAGAUAAAAAAGAUGAUAAUGAAUUAGAUAAAAAAGAUGAUAACGAAUUUAAAUCGUUUCAAACUGAAGAUGAAAAGGCAAAAGAUAACAUGAAACCUUUUAAUAAGUAUACCCAAUGGGAGGACGUAUUUGGCAGAGAAUCUUCAGCCACUCAGCAUCGUAGGUUGCUCCAGAAUGAUGAUGAUGAUGAUGAAGACGGAGCUACUGAAGAUUAUGAAGAACAGACAAAAGAACCUUGGGAAAGGGACAAAAGGACAGCCGGACACAUCAAAUUGGAAAUAAACGUGCAAACAGAAGGAAAUGUACAUCCAAAAGUAAAACAACAGAAACCGAAAACGUCACAAAAAAUCGAUUUUGGACCAACAACGCCUUUUUAUAAUGUUAAUGAAGAAAUUAACUUCCUCAUUGAUGCAGCUAUGAAAAUGAAAUCAGAUGAAUCGCACGGGCACAGAAUAAGACUAAAAUCGAAUGGCGCAUCAAAACCGAAUAAUACGUCUUCAAAAAACUAUAUACUGAACAUAUUCUCGAAGAAAUUUUGGUCAGAAAUGAAGAACGUCAAAGUUGAAACUACAAAAACGUCUAAUGUUUUGGAGAAAAACUCUACGAUGACGAUUGUGACUACUACUUUUAAACCUACCAUGAAAACAACUCAAAAACAUAAAGAACGUAAUAUAAUGUUUUCUGGUCAUAGACGAUCAUUAAAAUCUGUAAAAAUUGAUGAACUGAAUGAUGGAUUUGCAUCUACGACAAAUGAUAUUGAAUCACGUGUUAUCAAUAAUGAUCAUCUUGAGGAUAAUAAAGAAAAUAAUCAGAACUCUUUAAGAUUUUAUGGCCUGGUUACGAGACCUUUAAGCCAAAGAAACAAUACUGUGCCAGAAAAAGGAAUCAAUAAUACACAACCUAUGGAACCUUCGAUUGAUAAAGAAAUUAUGGAAAAUAUAGGCCACAAGUCUAGAGUUCUAUUUUCUUUUGAAGAACCUGCGGAAAAUGUUACCUCGACAGCUUCUGAACAAGUGAAUGAAUCGUACGUAGUCACAAAUAAACAAGCAAACAUGACCUCAGAAACGAAACUAGCAAACAUAUCCGAAAUUGAAACCAAAAACAAAGAAUCAAAUAGAACUGUAGUGAAAAGGAGUGCAGACGGCGAUAGUAUAUUUUGGAAUGAUAUGUACGACGAUGAAUAUGGCAUUAAAGACCCCAUGGAAGAUGAUAUGAAGGACAAAUCGUCUGUGAAAUUUAAUGAUCUUAUGGGGAAAGAUAAUUGGAUUGGCACGAAGUUUAAAAUGCUUGCUAAAAGUUUUAAAGACAGAAGGAAUCGGAAGAUGGGAAGGAAGAAGGAUGUCAAAUUUAAAAAUGCGAGAAACAGAACCAGCACCCAUAACAAGAGAUCUGUUUCUGUAUCCAACGACUCCGGCAAGCGUGUAUUUGAGGACUUGACAGCAAACAUGAAAAAAGUGUGCCAAGAAGCUGCCCAAGCGAUUCACGAAACUACCAAUAGGGAAGUGCGAGCUGAUGGCGAUCAAGCGACUUCCCUGAUGCAGCAGGUAGUCGGUCUAAUGUCGGAGCUGGUAGACCUUCAGGUCAAACAGAAGACGUGCAUGCAGUUACCAGACGACCUACGCAGCUUCCUCGCCUGGUUGAUGUCGCCAAACACUGAAGAACGAAACGACGGUUUCUCCGUCGACACUUUCGAUUCUGGUCCCAUGUCGGCAAUGCACAACCUAGAUGACCUAUUGUCACCCGACGCUAGAAGCGAGUGUCUGGGCACCAUACACGAUGUUGAAGACCUUAUUAUGCAGUAUGAUGAAAUGAGUGAAGAGGACAAGAGCAAGAUGAGCGGUGUGAGAGAAUAUCUAGAACAUCAAUUACAUUAUCUACAUCAACAGUUGUCUAACUACAAUGAAUAUGGGUCAUCAGUUGUGUAUCAAGAACAGGUCCGAAAACGCCGGCAGCCAAAAUUACACAAUAAACGAAAACGGAAAUCAUACAAAUUCCUAAACUACUACGGAAAGAAACAUACAAAACGUACAUCCAUUGAUGACAUUACUGAAGACUAUAAGAACAUAAAAGAAAAAGAAAUGAGAAAAGAAAAUGAUGAUAUAAAAGACCGUAAACAUGAAGGUAAUAGAUUCUUUGAAAAUAAUGAAAUUGGUGAAGGUAAUUUAAAUAACAGAGAUGUAGCAAGGAAUGUUGAGGAUGAAAUGAAGAAUUUGGACGAUUUAUUAAGCGCAUUGGUAAAAGAAAAUGACAGUUUUGUUAAAUAUAAUAAAAUAUAG